AUGGCUGCUGCCCCGCCUCCGCCCCCGCAAUGGGUCGUCGACCUCAACUCGACGCCUGCGUCCAAGCCAAAGAAUCCCGCUCUCAUCGACCCGCCUGGCUACACGGCCUCGCUGACCAAGAAGGAGCGUUCUCAGGCCUCCAAGAACCAGCGUGUACCUCCGACCGCAGACGAGAUGGACACGCUCAAGAUGAAAAAGGCAUGGGAGGUCGCCAUUGCCCCCGCUAAGCAGCUGCCCAUGAAUGCUUUUGGCAUGUACAUGACCGGAAACACGCUCCAAAUCUUCUCCGUCUUCAUGGUCUUCACCCUCUUCAAGACGCCCGUCCUCGCUGUCCUUGGCCUCCAACGCACUUUUGCCCCAUACCAAACCCCCGGCACCGCAGGCCGCCUGCUCGGAGUCAAACUCGUCUACAUUGCCUGCAACUUGCUUAUGUUAGCCCUCGGAAUCUGGAAGGUCAAUGCAAUGGGUCUGCUGCCUACGACGCGGUCAGAUUGGUUAGCAUGGGAAAGCGAAAGAACAUGGUCAGAAAGAGCUGUGCCCCAGGAAUGGCUGUAG